UAGGGUUCUUGAUAAACCCCUUAAACCUGCAUAUCAAGAUUCUUGAUUUUGUGUUUAAUUGCGUCCUUUAUACUUAUAACUCGUCCUUUAUUAUGGAUAAAGUAGUAAAUUUGAGUAAAAAAUAGUUCUUUUAAACAUUGUGUUUAGGAUUGAUUGGUAGGUUAAAAAAAAAAAUUGGUCUUAAUUUACAUUCACAUAUACUUUAUUAUGCACAAAUAUUUAUAGGGUUCUUGAUAAACCCCUUAAACCUGCAUAUCAAGAUUCUUGAUUUUGUGUUUAUUGCUUCCCUAAUGUUUAUAACUUGUCCUUUAUUAUGGAUAAAGUAGUAAAUUAAGUAAAGUUAGUUCCUUUUGAACAUUGUGCUUAGGAAAAAUAAAAAUAAAAAUUGGGCUUAAUUUACAUUCACAUAUACUUUGUUAUGCACAAAUAUUCAUAGUGUUCUUGGUAAACCCCUGCAUAUCAAGAUUCUUGACUUUGUGUUUUAUUGCUUCCGUUAAUACUUAUAACUUGUCAGUAUGUAUAAAGUAGUAAAUUUGAAUAAAGUUAGUUCCUUUGAACAUUGUGUUGGAGGGGAAGGUAAAAUUUAUUUUGGGCUUAAUUUACAUUCAUUUAUUUAGUAUGCACAAAUAUUUAUAGGGUUCUUGAUAAACCCCUGAAAAGUUCAUGUCAAGAUUCUUGAUUUUGUGUUUUAUUGCUUCCUUAAUACUUAUAACUUGUCCUUAGUAUGUAUAAAGGAUUAGGUUUGAGUAAAUAUUAGUUCUUUUGAACAUUGUAUUGGAGGGUACCUGAAUUGAGAAUGAAUUUAGAGGAUUCAUAUUGCUGACUGGUUGUUUUGGAUUAAUGGGUAGUUGAUUGAUUGUUGUAUGGUCAUUGCUAGGAGUGGCAAGCGGGCGGGUCGUAUUGGAUAUGGGCGGGUCGAAAAUGGGUUAAAUAAAGACGGAUAAAAUAUCCGACCCAACCAUAUUUGACACAGAUAAAAUAUCCAUGGUCAUGGUCUUCAUCAAAAAAUUAAAUAUCCAUGGUGAGAACACAAGCUAUAAGCCAAAAUAAGCAAAGACUCCCAGAAGGCAAGAACUCGUGAAAAAUAUCAAGCAGACAAAUUAGUAUUGAUAACCAUAUUAUCCAUCUGGAUUUCCUUUUUUUAGUGGAUAAUGUGGAUAAUAUUCAUAUUUAAUCCAUUUUAAAUGGUCAGUUAUCCAACCCAUAUUUAAUGGGCCGGAUUGGAUGGUUACUUGUUUUUUAACCAGUUUCCCUAAUCAUAGCUAGUAAAGCUCUAAGCUCCAAUACCCAAGUGUGUGGCCUAGUGAUCAAUGAAGUGGGUUGAGAAUCAUGAGGUGUCAGGUUCAAAUCCCCAGCGAAGAGGAGGUGGCGGUGUAUCGGAAUCUCAGGCGAGUGGGUCCCAUGGUGGCGAUGAUCGGCAUGAUACAAGGAGCCAUCAUUCAUAGCAAAUUCAAGUUCAUCCAUUCUUUCCAACUUGUGUUUUGUAAGUUUGGAUGUUUAAAGAGCUGUCAAUAUGGUGAACGUUGUAAAUUUCAACAUGCUGCCCCUCAACAACCGAAGCCAAAUCCAUUUGGGUUUGGCAGCCAAUCCACUAAUUUUCAGAGUACAAAUAUGCAGCAAACAAAGUCCAACCCUUUUGGUUUUGGUGUUCAGAGCAACUCCCAGCCAAGAGGGUCCAAUGAUUUGGUGCUCAAACAGAAUCAAUACAAGCCUUUUGAAAACAAGUGGACUCGUUCUGCAAGUACCAACAGUUCUUCAUCGCGGCCAACUGAUAAUCAGCCUGUUGCAUCUAAUCACACCUGCACGGAUCCCGAGUCAUGCAGACGUCAGAUUGUGGAAGAUUUUAAUAAUGAGAAGCCAAUGUGGUUGCUUACCUGCUAUGGUCAUCGUAAAAAUUUUGGUCCAUGUGAUAUUACCGGCGAUGUUAGCUAUGAAGAGCUGCGAGCAGCAGCAUAUGAUGAUGCAAAACGUGGACAGAGCUUGACUUCUAUUGAAAAAGGUUCAAAUUUGCUCCUGAACUAUACACUAUCUGACACUUUUGCCAUCGGUUAUACUUCGCCAACAAAAAGACACGCCAUUAAAAAAGUUGAGAGAGAGAGGAGCCUGGUUAAUUCUAAAGUAGCUGAAUUUGAAAAUCUAUUGCGAAAUCCUUAUGCAUCUCAAUCGACUUCUGCUGCUAAUGCUCAAAGUCCUUUUCCUGGUUCUGCACCAAGUGCCUCGUUGAGUGCUCAAAGUCCUUUUCCUGGUGGUGCACCAAGUGCCUCGUUGAGUGCUCAAAGUCCUUUUCCUGGUGCUGUUCCGAAUGCCUCGUUGAGCGCUCAAAGCAGUUUUCCUCCUUCAGCCUCGAGUUUUAGUCAGUUGGGAGCCAUACUGAAUACAGGGGCAUCUACUCCACCAACUAAUAGUAUAUUUGGGCAACCCAGUCCCCUUGGGAACUCUUUUAAGGCAUCAAGUUCUUCUGGGGCGGCGAAUGCCUUUUCAUUCGGGAAUACAUCAGGCUCCUUUGGCUUCGGAAGCCAAGUCCCGACCCAGUCACAACAGAAUCCUUCCAUUCCAAGCAAUAACUUAUUUUCCACCUCGACAUCGCUGCAUGUUCCUAAUCCAUCUGGUGGCCAACUUCCUACUCCUUCUCAGGGACUUUUUGCUGCUUCAGUUACGGCAGCCCCUGCCAGUAUCAACUUGACGAGUGGUGCAUCAACAGAAGAGUUCAGUGGUGAUAACAGCAUUUGGACAAAGAAUGAAUGGAAAAUUGGGGAGAUUCCAGAAGAGGCACCCCCAGACAGAUAUGUUUAUUAGGAAUGCUUCUGGCACCUGACUAUUAAAGGUUGUCAGUUCAAAUCAGAUACAGAAGAAACUUCCUUUUCGUGACAUGGUUCAUCGACAUAUCAGCAGGAAAUUUUGGGCAUUUGAUUAAGUUCCUAGGUAGUUAUGCUAGUGAAAAAAGGGUUUACAAUAUCUUUACCUUUUAUACAGUUUCAAAGAGGGGUUAAAUGUAGUUUUCUUCAGCUAUUUAAAGAGUUGUAAUGUGAUCAAGUCGUUAGCUUGUACAUACUAUACUGCUUUUUGUAUGGAAAGAAAAUGAAGUAGUCAAAUAUAUUUGUUGGCAAUUAAAAAAAAAAACUGAUAAGAUGAGCCAAAAGAUUUCUUUACGC